UGCUAAUGUUGAGGCUGCUGUUGUUGUGAGACGCGAACAGCUCGGUGCACCUCGUGCCCUGGAGAUCUCAGCUCUUUGUGUUUUACCGUCAGAUGUCCAAAAAUUUUAUUUUGAAGUUUCACGGAAGUUGCGGCUAUUUUUCGGUCACAUUGACACCGCCGCGGUUCUUAACGUCGACAACGAGCAAGACAACAACAAGACACGCACGAGACCAGCGGGAACCUGUCUCCCUGAGUUCAGAGAUUGGCUGAAGUUCUGCCAUGCCUGUGGCCUCCACCAGGACAGAGCCUGCUCCCCAGGUGUUGGACGCAAUGAGUGACAGCACCACCAGCUCCACCAUCGCCAACGACCUGGACCUCAUCUACCUCAAAGGCAUUAUGGAAAGCCCUUUGGAGCAGGAGGAGAGCCCCAAGGAGCCGAGGCUGUCGCCAGUGAGGGAGAACAACGUGGAGCUCCUGCAGGAGAUCCUCAGGGAUCUGGACCCGUUCAUGCAGCACUCUGACGCCGCCGCUGAGCUGGCCCGCAUCCUCACACAGCCUCACUUCCAGUCUUUACUGGAGACUCAUGAUUCAGUGGCCUCCCAGGCAUGCGAGAGCCAGCCUCCCAGCCCGUGUGACUGUGUUGAUCAUGAACAGGAAGACAGCCAGACGACCAACCCGGCCCUGCCCUCUGAUGCCAUACGCAUGGUUGGCAUACGCAAAGUAGCCGGGGAACAUCUGGGUGUGACGUUCAAAGUGGAAGGUGGAGAGCUGGUGAUCGCCCGCAUCCUCCAUGGAGGGAUUAUUGACCAGCAAGGCCUCCUGCAUGUUGGAGACAUCAUCAAAGAGGUGAAUGGGCGAGAUGUGAGCCAGGACCCCAGGGUGCUGCUGGAGGAGCUACAGGCAGCCAGUGGCAUUGUGGUUCUGAAGAUUCUGCCCAGCUACCAUGAGACCAUUCCACCAAGACAGGUGUUUUUCAAGUGUCACUAUGACUACGACCCAGCCAAUGACACCCUGAUUCCUUGUAAGGAAGCAGGCUUAAGGUUUGAGACAGGAGACAUCCUUCAGAUAGUCAACCAAGAUGAUGUCAACUGGUGGCAGGCCCGACAUGUGGAGGGUGGAAGUACAGGGCUGAUCCCCAGUCAGAUGUUGGAGGAGAAAAGAAAAGCUUUUGUGAAGAAGGAUGUGGAGUUGGCACCUGCAGGAAAUCUUUGCACUGGUCUUGGAGUGAAGAAGAAGAAGAAAAUGAUGUAUGUGACCACAAAAAAUGCAGAGUUUGACAGACAUGAAAUCCUGCUGUAUGAGGAGGUGGCCAAGGUUCCACCAUUCAAAAGAAAAACUCUGGUUUUAAUUGGAGCUCAGGGCGUUGGGAGGCGGAGACUAAAGGCCAAGCUGCUGCUGAGGGAUCCGCAGCUCUUCGGCACCACCAUCCCAUACACCUCCAGAAAGCCUAAAAAGGGAGAACGUGAGAGUCGGAUGUACGCUUUCACAAGCCGCAACAAGAUGGAGGCUGACAUUAAGAAUGGCCGUUAUCUUGAAUAUGGAGAAUAUGAAGGCAACUUGUACGGUUUAAAGAUUGACUCCAUCCACGAGGUGGUGGAGGCGGGACGCGUCUGCAUUCUGGACGCCAACCCACAGUCUCUCAAAGUGCUGCGGACCUCGGAGUUCUUGCCCUACGUGGUUUUCCUGCAGUCUCCUGAUUUUGAGGUGCUCAAGGCGAUGAAUCACUCGGCUGUGGAGGCUGGGGUGGUCACAAAGGCCCUGACAGACGAAGAGCUGCAGAGGACAUUUGACGAGAGUGCUAAAAUCCAGGCUGCCUUUGGUCACUUCUUUGACCUCACCAUCGUCAAUGAGAACCUUGAUGAGACUUAUCGCACCGUCAAAGCAGCUCUGGAAACAGUUUCCAAAAACCCACAGUGGGUCCCAGUCACUUGGGUGUUCUAAGACCUGGGAACUCUGCCCACUUGUUUCAAUUCUCAAGACUCAUGUUUUCAUCAGUUUCAACAGACAUCUGGCAUAUCCUGGACCAAAUGCACCUGAACCACAGCAGGAACUGUUGUGUGUAAAGUGUGUGUAGAAUAAAACUGUCAUGAUGUGAGGACUCGGCAUCCUUUGGUACAGUUCCUCUUGCAGAACUUAGUGUGUUGGAUGGUAAAGGCCCGGCUGGCUUCAGGUGCACUAAAGUCUCAAAAAGUUGUUGGAUGAUUUGAAGUCUUCUCAGUAAGACUCUGUGCAUGCACAUGCAUGCGUCUGUGACCCUGAGGACUACAGAACUUUCUAUUUUUACGUUUUACUUGCAAACUUCAGACAUUUAUUUUUCCAUUGGUUACAUAUCAUAAAGGAGGUCAGACCUUUUGGGGUCAAAAUGUGCCAAGAGAUUCAUUUCAGACCGAAAACAGAUCCUGCCAACUAAUAUCAAAUAUUUUUCCACUUUCUGUUAACGUACAAAUUGCUUGGACAUUCAUACACAAUAAUGUACCAGACUAGCCCCAGCUUAUUUAAAUCAUGUGUUGCUCCAUCAAUCUCCACCACAAAUUCCAAUAUGGCUGCCGCUCAUGUGAACUACAGCCUUAGCAGCAGUAAUAGGCUUUUAUUGAACAAUCAUUAAGUUUUUAGCUGAUUAAGUCAGACAAGCAACAUCUGGUGGUGAACAUAUUGGUGCAGAGAUUAUACAAAACACAGAGAAGCGCGUCGUUAUGCUAACUGAGUGUAGCGGCUAGCGUAUCCCCCUGGUUAGCUCUCCUUCAGAGGCCUUCCACGCCUCAGCGGGUCAGGGUUGUUUUGUUAGGAAAAGCUGGUAGUCAGACACUGUAUGCCUGUAAUAUAUUUAAGGAUACUGAAUUUCUUAAUGCAGUGUAGCAUUUUUGUAUAUGUUACAGAAGCAGUACGGUGGUAAAGUUAUUGUGAAAUGUACAUUUUUUCAUUGCAAAAACAGCAGCAGAUUGUCAGAAGCAAUUUUUUUUCUAGUAUAACCCUGCUGUUGAGAUGGAAAUAAAGAAGUUGGAGAUUUUUUUCCAGUAGCUGGACAGACUAUCCUUUACAUGGGAAUUAUAUGAACCCAAAGCAUGUGACAUAAUAUUGUUAAGAUCUUGCAGAUGGUCAGAAUAUACAAAACCGAUUCAUGUAAUUUAAAUAACUGAGGCAUUAGAUGUUGUUAACUCUUCCGUCUGUCUAAAGGGUAAUGAUCUGUGGGUUUUGUGAAACAAAUUUAGCGAACAUAAAACUGCAUUUGAAAGAAGCUCUUUCAGUGUGAGUCAGCCGUAAAACUAAUUGAGCCAGUUGAAACAAAUCACAGUCUGAAUGCUUUCAGUCAUCCCAUAAUAUUGCCUUACUCUCUGAUUAUGUGACUUUACAAACUGCAACACAACUGCCAAGGACUCAGACCGUAACACAGAACCAGCAGCGGUUCUGAGAACUGACGUGUUACACAGUUUGGACUCUCUGAUAGAAACCCCCAACGUUAUGCUCCUUAAAAACGCUGCGUCGCUUUAAAACAGUCCCUCAAUCCCAGCUGACACUUUUAUGUUGCGUUGAUCCAGAUCUGUUUAACUAGAUCUCUUCUUUUUGUAGAUAGCUUGUAUAUACACAAUGGUAUAAUAGGUAUUUAUAUUGGUUUAAAUGUCCAGAAGGCCAUUUUUAAAUACAUGCUUAUAACCCAUGAGUGUAUAACACAAGAUCUAUGUUGUUCCUUCUCACGUUCCCACCUCUACUUGCCGCACUGGCUGCGUUUCCAUUACAAAUUUCAGCAAAACAUUGUUGAUAUUUUGCCAAUGCCAAAAAAACACAAUUUUGCAAUUGCGAUGUUUCCAUUAAAUAAGAAACACAAUUAAAUUCACACGUGAAUAAGUUUGCUCACGCAAAAAGUCAUUAAUAAACGAGCCAAGGACUUCCUGACAUCUUUUUCGUCUUUUUCUCCAGCAGCAACAUCCAGUUGUUUGAUCACACUUCGAUACCACGGAAAAUCACCUCAUCCCAGAACAAAAGCAUUUUUAUCAAAAACCGCGAGUUUCCAGUCAGCAAAUUUAUUUUUGUAAUUUCUAUUUUCGAAAUUAUAUGGUCAAUGGAAACGCAGCUUCUGAUCAUGGUUCUGACUGGCAGCUACUGGAUGAUUUUAACGCACAAUGUCGAGUCAUAAACAAAAAAAACUGGUGCUUGUUAAAUACUUUAUAACUACUGAUUGUUACCUGGCAGUGGUGGUUUUAGUUCCUUUUGGGAAGAGAUUUUUAGUUACUAUCUAUGCUUUAGAUCCUAAAUGUUCCUGAAGAACAGACGUUUGUCUGGGAGCUUUUAGGUUCCGAUCACCUGGAAAGUUUGAGAAUAUCUUUAUUGCUCUCCUGAAGACAUUCCAAAACCUCACUCAAUUUUUGAAAAUAAAAUAGAUGCAAUACAGGCAUUUUUUCCUUCAUCUUCAUGAAUGUUGGUACAUCUUAGGACAGAAGCAGUUGUUUUUUAUUCUGAUCUAUAAAACUGAUAAUUCUCUGUAUAAAUAAUUAAAGCAAGAAGUGUCUUCAAAUAUAGGUUUACAGUACAUAUCUCUUCCAGUAUAUCUACUACAUAGUAUAUACAGUGAAGAUGGUAAAAAAAAAAAUCUGUAUUUGAUAUGAACAACUGAAACAUUCCGUAAUAUUAUGUAAAACUUGCUCAAAAAUGAUGACACGCUGUUAAUUAUUUCUUGACAAUUUGGAUAAAGCAGACAUUGUUUUGUAUUAGAGAUGUGUUGAGCAGCAUUGUAUUGUCAAUUUGCUGUCUAGUAAAGCUUUGAUUUGCUCAUAAAAAUUUAGUGGACUCUGGUUAAGAACUAUAGUAUCAGAAGAUACUGCAAACAAUAUUCAAAACAUUUUUUGGUCAAUAUAUUUACCUUGGGAUCAGAGGCAACACUGGGUGAGAGCAGUCCCAAUAAAUGUCGUAUUGUUCUAAAAGAAAGAUCAAAUAGUUAUGGAUUCUUUUCCAUCUUUUAGGAGCCCCUAGGUGGGGAGUACAGCUAUUGUUAUUUUCCUGUGUGUAGAAAACUGAAAGUCUGUGAUUUCCAAAAGGCUGUCAAUGUUUUCAGUAUCAUAAUUUUCCAUAAACAAGGUUGAACGCUCUAAAGGAUAAAGCAGAGCUACUUUGCUGUCCUCCAUUCUCCCUCCUGUUAUCUGCUAGGCCAGAGUCCUCUGUUUUAAACCAAUCAUAUUUAACUAUUUAAUUAUAAAUAUGGAUCUGAGGCUCAUUCAAAUAGGAAAGAUGCCCAUUUUCCAGCUGUCUCCUUUCUGCUGCUCCUGGUUCGGUUCAUAUGAAAUUAUUGAAUCAUAUUGAAGUCUUGUUCUCACUCUUUCUCUCACAGACAGACAUUAAUUCAAACAUCUUACUGACACUGGAAAUUGCUAACUUUUGGGAUUGUUCUCUCGUUAGCAGUGUUCGCAAACAAGAAAUUCUAUUUUUGAGUUUCCGACUGGCUGGUCAAACUGGAAAGUCCUCCAUUUCCUGUUGACAACCGAUAUCUUAGUCCAUUUUUAUAACUUUGUAUAGUUCAAAAACUGCAAACUGUUACAAGUAUGAUGACUGAAAAACAUAUUUUGUCUUACUGUAAAUGGAAUGCUGGAUUAAGCCUGAUUUAUUUUUUUGUUUAUGUAAUAAUGUAAGCUUUCCAUUAAGUAUGCUUUAAUCUUUUCAGAAUAAAUUAUUGGUUUGAUUUAAA